GAGGACUGCAGCUUGAUUGGCAGCCGCUCUGUCCACAGACCUUCCUCACAGAACUACCAGAGGAAGCCGAGAGAAAGAUUAUAUCAGCAAACAUCUUUCUCAGUUCCGAGCAAUGGAGAUAAGAUUAAGAUGAUAAAUUACGUCAUGGACAUUGCCCAUUUUCUUUAAAAUCCAGGAGUAUUUAUUUCACAGCUAAUUUUCACUUCGAGACCAGUUGAGAUUCAACAAACAAACAAUAUUCUAGACUUCUGAGAAGAUUUCUGUCCAAGAAUGUUGACUCUUCUGAUUCUCGCCCUAUUGGGGACUUUUUCCUCUGAUGCUGCCGACAUUAACCUAGAAAAAAGAGAUCUUAGCAUGGUAUGGAGUGAUACGGGAUGCGAAAACACAAAUAUUGCACUUCAAGGUCGUGCGACACAGUCAUCUGUCUAUACAGUUGAUCAUGACGGCAGCUUUGCACUAGCUAUGAAUGCAAUAGAUGGAAACACAGAUACAGACCUUUAUCAUGGGUCAUGUAUGCACACCAACUGUGAAUAUAAUCCAUGGUGGAGAGUAGAUUUGCUAAGUUGUUACAAAAUAUCAAAGGUGGUGAUCACAAACAGAGGGACUCAUGGGUCAAGACUGAACGGAGCAGAAAUUCGCAUUGGAAACUCCUUGAGAAAUAAUGGGAACAACAAUCCGAGAUGUGCAGUAAUAUCUUCUCUUCCGGAUGGUUUUACGCAAACAUUUAUGUGCCGUAACAUGGUCGGGCGUUACGUGAAUAUUCAUAUACCUGGAAGAGAAGAAUGUCUCCAUGUCUGCGAGGUCCAGGUCUUUGGAGUUCCUGCAUAAAACCAACUUAUCUGCAACAAAAUACAUUGAAUUAAAAUAUGUAACUUUAUAUGCAAAAUUAUAAGCGAUCAGGAGAGACACUUGAUUGAAAUAUCAAAUUGUAAUGAUAAUGAGAGUGAAUCAACUUAAUUGGAAAUAAAAUAAACUAUUGGCAACAAA